GAAAGUGGGCGGCGACGUGGUGGAGCAAACAUUUAACACCAUCAAGACUCAUGUCAUCCAAAGGAGCGCAUGGAGCUACCUUUACGCACCAGUGCUACCGCGCCUUCGGAUGCUGCGUACUCUGAGGCAGGAGCUUGAAGCAUCCUAGAAAUCGAAGGCGUUGUACAUUUAACCGCAGUAUCGUCGCAAGCAAAGCGAAAACCCGACGGUUCGUAUCCCGCUUUCGUUGUUGGCGAUGGAGCGGUGGAAAGGCAGAGUGGCCCUGGUGACCGGAGCCUCAGUGGGCAUUGGAGCGGCUGUGGCCCGGGCACUCGUCCAACAAGGCAUGAAGGUAGUCGGAUGUGCCAGGAACGUCGAUAAAAUCGAGAAGCUGGCAGCGGAAUGUCAGAGCGCAGGUUACAGCGGCACACUAAUCCCGUACAAGUGUGACCUCUCCAACGAGGAGGAGAUCCUCUCCAUGUUCUCCGCCAUCAAAACGCUCCACAAGGGCGUCGACGUGUGCAUCAACAACGCCGGGCUGGCGCACAACGAACCUCUGCUCAGUGGGAAAACAGAAGGCUGGAGGAAUAUGAUCGAUGUGAAUGUCCUAGCCUUGUCCAUCUGCACCCGUGAGGCUUACAAAUCAAUGAAGGAGAGGAACGUGGAUGACGGUCACAUCAUUAAUAUUAACAGUAUGUGCGGGCAUCGAAUGGUCCCGAGUGCUGACAAGCAUUUCUACUGUGCCACCAAAUACGCAGUGACCGCUUUGACAGAGGGAAUAAGGCAAGAACUAAGGGAAGCAAACACCCACAUCAGAGCCACUUGUAUAUCCCCCGGGAUAGUGGAGACUGAAUUUGCCUUCCGUCUCCAUAACAAUGAUCCAGAGAAAGCAGCUUCAGUGUACGAGAGUAUAAAAUGUUUAAAAGCAGAAGAUAUAGCACGUGCGGUCACAUUUGUCCUCGGUGCCCCUCCUCAUGUCCAGAUUGGAGAUAUUCAGAUGAGGCCAGUUGAGCAGGUGUCCUAGCAGUGAAACAGUAGCCAGACGCUGCAGAAGGAGCCCAGAAGUCAGCAGCCAUGGUGACUCAAUAGCGACCUCUGCUGAGCAAGGGUAGGAGUUGGGUGGAAUAAUAAAUGGAUGGGAAAAGAAAGAGCGCAAGGAGUCAAGAAAGGCUGGAUGGAGGAAAUGAAGGGUGUGGACGAAAACCACAAUGAAAAUACUACUGAACGCAGCCACCAGUUGUUUGUUAACUGAGACGACUCGAAAGUCCUUGCUGUGCUUAUGUGGUCAUCGAUAUGACCAUCGUUUCAGAUGAAGACUAUGCUAUUGACUGCACAUAUGUUUUUUUUUUUUAAGUCAUAUUACAUAUCUAUUUGAAAAUUAAAUUGGAACGGUAAUUGUCUGUUAAUAAUUUUUGGAUUCUUUUUAUAAUUAUUUGACCACUUGAUUGAUGAUAGAUCUGCUGUCAUAGAAAAAAAUAACCGUAAAAAGUACUGUAUUGUCUAUUUAACUAUUUAAUAUUCUCUAAGGCUUGACACCUUGACUUACAAUAUGGACAUACUCACUUUUUUUUAUUUUAUUUUAACUUU